AUGUACUUUAGCGUCAGAGCUCGGGGAGAACCAGCUCGUCUUUUGUUUGCUCUUGCGGGGGUUCCCUUUGAAGAUCACCGACUUUCGCGUGAAGAUUGGAAAACGAUCAAACCAACAACGCCAUAUGGACAGAUUCCCGUUUUAUUCGUCGAUGAGAAACCACUCGCUCAAUCAAGAGCAAUCUAUCGCUACUUGGGGAAUCAAUUUGGUUAUAGUGGUGAGAACGAGUGGGAUUCGGCUCAAAUCGAUGCCCUUGGAGAUGAAAUUGAAGAUUUCCGAGCUCAAGUCCGUCCAUUCAUUCGGAUUACGAAUGGGAUGCUUGAAGGGGAUUUGGAAAAAUCGUACAACGAAUUGGUCAUCCCAGCCACGGAUUCAUUCUUUCCAAUCUUCGAAAAGAAAUAUCUUGAACUGAAUCAAUCUGGUUUUCUAAUCGGCAGCAAAGUGUCUUGGGCGGAUCUUUUCCUUGCAGAAUUGGUGGAAACGUUCACUUUGCACAAUAAGAACUAUGCUGCAAAUUAUCCAAAGAUAAGAGCCCAUCGCGAGAAAGUGUAUUCACUACCCGGAAUCAAGGAAUGGAUUGAGAAAAGACCAAAGACUUCCGGA